AUGCGCACUGGUGGGAAACCACCGAUUGCCAAAUUGCAAAAGGGCUGGGAGGCCGAGCAGUUGGCCAAGCGUAAACAAGAGGAGGAACAGGCGAAAAAGAAAGAACAGAAAGAAGAGGCGAAGGGGAAAGAACAGGAGAGGAGCUCUGCGGCUGCCUCAGGGAGUACAUCCCGCGGCCCUGCUGAAUCCAAGAAUGACUCGGAAUCAGACGGUUUCGAAGAAAUAUCCGAGGUAGAAUUCAAGAAAACAAUGGCCAACAGUCGCCCUAAGUCUCAAAAAAUUUAG